UACACAACAUGGCGGACGUUUGACAGCUUCUAAAUAUUUUGUUAGAUAUCUUUUUGUUAAUUUGGGACUAUGGAUGAGGAGGCACGAGCUGAUUCUUCUGGAGCGACUGUAACAAUGCGUCUCAUAAGGUCGUUUGAAUACAGGAAUAUCAAAUAUGUCGUAUUUAAAGAUGUGUCAUUGGAACAAACAGCCAAAGAUUUCAUGGACUUUGUCGUUUCGGAUAUAAAGAAAAGAUCUGAUGUACCCCUUCCAUUCAGGACCUUUGCAUAUGACACAAUGAAAAUUCAGCAUAAAGCACAUGGUGCCAAAACAAGUGAUCCAGUGAUAAACACAGAAAAUGAUGAGAUGCUUAUGCUUAGACAGGACUGCAGUCUUUCCAAGAAUGGAAUUGGACAUGAAACAGAAAUAUCUUUCUUCAAGAAAGAAGAUUAUGAUAGAUACAAAGCUAACCCAGUGCUGAAAUGGUAGAGAAUGAUCCCAGAACUUAUUUGAGACAAUCCCGUGGCUCUCUGGGUAAAGUCCCGUCAUAUAGGAAUGGUGAUUCGGCCAAGUUUUGGUUGGGACCACAUUGAAGAGGUGCCUUGCACGGACGCCUUCCCUGCCGACCUCGUCGAGAUGGGGAGUGUCUGCAAACUGGCCGCUGAUAAAUUGCCAGCCUAAUCCAUCCAUGGAAACCAAAAUGACCGUUUCUUUUGCUUGGAAGGUUCUUUUUGUUUCGACGAGGUGAGGUUUGGAGAUGAGAACGAGGCAAGUUGCCUGUAGGAGAACAUGAAUGGCAUCCGUUUUCCUCAUGUUGGAUUUGGGUUUCGGCUGAUAAACACACCGUGGUCGCUGAGAAUUUGUUCGAGAAAAAAAAACAAUAGUUAAAUUAUUCGUGGUAAAGAAAACAAUAACCUUAAGAGCCCUUGUCAUAAGUCUGACCUUUUUCAUCCGCGUAACUUAACAAGAAAUCACGAAAGUCAAAAAUCAACUCGAACUUCUUCAAAGUAAGCUAAAUAUUACAAAAUAACUGUAUUAAGAGCAGUUUUAAGGAAUUGUAGUGCGAGUGUAAACUUUUAAGCCAUAUUUCAUAUUAGAAAUGUAUAGAUAACAAUAAGAUUAUAACUCGAGAUCUCUAUCGAGUGUGUCACCGUAUUUCGACGUCCUCUGUGAUCUGUUACUGAACAGACCUACGGCAAAAUAUUUGGGAAAUAGACAACGAGAAGCGUGGUGAAUUACAUUACAGAAAAAUAACCUGUUACAAAUCCUGAGGCAUCGUCUUAGGUACACAAUUACAUUGAUCUUACGGUCAUUAUUUACUAAAAACUCUCAGACAUGUCUAAUGCAGUUAUGAAUUUUUUUUUUACAACCAACAGUGCCAGCCACUUCUUGGGGAGUAAAAGCGUGAAAAAGAGCUUCUUCCGCGCGUGUCGCCCCACUCGCGUGCAAUGUUCAAAUUCACUCUUGCGUUUUCGCAGUGAAUCUCACGCAUGUGGAUUGAAAACCCUGAUUUCGCGCUAGCUCAAAUCUGCUUAACAAUUAUUUUCCACGCCCACCGCUAUCUCAGCCUUACCUGACAAAUUUUUGGAGAGAUGAGUGGCGUAAGAUAAACUCGAAUGACCAGAAGAGACGAAAAGUCCUCGCGAAUCGUAGGCCGAACCGUUCGGUUGAGAGCGGCAGAGCGCUGAAGUCGCUUCUGUGUUUACCACUCUGGGUAAGAACAGAACGUUUUCCAAAUAUUUCAUGUCCUUUGAAAAAAAAGUAUUUAAUUUCCUUUGAAAACAAAAUAUUUCAUUUCCUUUGAAAACAAGUGUUGAAUUGCGAUUUCAAACCCGUUGGUUUUAACACGUGGGUCAUCAUAGGUCAUCUAGAACCAAGAGAGACAGCGGUAUGCAUUCACAAUUGAUUUGGAUCCAAGCUCUUUCCUUCAACAUCACGCCAUUCGUUUCUAGUUUAGACCACGUUUCCUCCUCAAAUCAAGUUAGUUUUUGCACGUGUCCAAUUAAUUUUUUAUAUAAACUAGGUAAUAUC